AUGAGGGAGCUCCCGCUCGACUCUCUGCAUGAUGAGGCUCUCACGAAGACCGUGGGCGUACUUGUUGCUGUGGGACGCUGGGCUGCAGAGGAGCAUGUUCCGGCUGACUUGGCAGAUAACUGUCCUUAUCUUCCCACAAGCACCUAUGAGCCUACCAGUGGCGCCUUUGUCGGGUUCACCUUGGCGAUCGCAAGUGCUCAGGCAAUAGCGGUGCUGGUAGUGCUGCCAAUGAUGUGGCGGCAGGCUACCCAGCUAACGCCAAUUGUUGUAGAUGCCGACAUUGAUGCCUUCCGACGUGCUGAUGCACCGGCGGCCAGAGCCCAGCUUGCGUACUUGGAUUCCUUGACGUUUAUGAGGGCAGUCAAAAACCAGUCAGCCCUUGGCCAGCGAACCAUGCUGAAAGUGGAGAUACUCUACGAGGCCAAAGAUGGAUCCGUGUUCUCGGAGUCCGUGCAGCGGGACAUCCGAGCUUUUGAGCAGUCACUCCGUAGCCUCCCAGGUUGGGCUGCCAUGUGCAACAUGUCCGAGCCGGCCUUGCAGUUUCACUGCAACCCUGGCGAUUCCAUGGGAAACUACGUCUGGCCAAGGCGACUGGAUGCUUUCCUCAACACGCAAGGCUACUUCAGGCUGGCCUUCGAUGGCAGCGCUUUGGAACGUCUGCCAAUGGACGCCGUCAUCGCAUACCUCAGUGAGGGCCUGGCCGCCCCUCAUGACCUGAGAAUGUUCUUGCCAAUGACCUUCGUGCAGCCUUCCAGUGGGUCCAAGCUGCUACGGUCUGUUUUCGGCUUCAGCGCCCCAGACUUGAACGACACGACCUUUCGAGCAGCCUUCCAGGACUUUGUGCAGAACGAGCUGUACUCGGCCUUGCUGCAGGCAGUGGUCGACACGCGGAAGCCGGUGGAUCCUGCCAGCUGGGACCAGCCGCCAGCGAUCCAGAUCUAUUUCCGUGGGGACGUGCUCGAUGAGCACGAGCUUCUGGAAGCCCUGUACAGUGAUAUGCUGCUGGCGAUUGGGCCGUUAUUCAUCAGCUUGGCCGUCGCUUGGGUGAAGCUGCGCAGUGCCGUGCUGGCUUUUGUUGGUACCCUCUUCCUGUGUUUGGCCGCGCUGAUCGCCUACGUUCUCUUGCCCGUCGAGCAGGUGAGCCCCGCCACCUUCUUGGGCAUCUUUCUGCUCUUCGGCCUGGGCUUCUCCAGUAUCUUCCGGAUGCAGGAGGUGUGGAGACGUUCUCGAAAUGAGGCCAAGGAAGACGCCCGACGUCUCAUGUAUGUGCACCGCGCUGCAGUUCGAGAAAUGCUUCCUGUGGUGGGAUCCGCUUGCUGCUACUUCCUCCUCCUCAACUCAAAGUUGCUGCCGCUGCGGGAGUUCGGGGUUUUCAUUGGAACCUCUAUGCUCUUGGCAUGUGCGUUUGCUCUUCUGUGCUUCGUGCCCUUCCUUCUCCUGCACGAGCGUACCAUGCGGCCCUGGAUUCGGCGAAGGCUUCCAAGAAAGUUGGUUAUGGUGCUCGAGCCUGCCGAGCUGAAGCCGGUCUGGGAGGACGUAGCUGCAAAGAUCAUGCUUGCAGUCAAGCGGCCGAAGCCCGUCCUCGCAGGCGCUGGCUUUGCUGUCGCUGUGGCCCUGAUUGUCGCGGUGGCGGUGACGGCCUCCCAGCCGUAUCCAGCACUGCCGAAGGUUUUCCCGCCAGAGCACCACCGCGAAGCUGGCCGGCCCAUGCUACAGAGCUUCGCGCCGUCCACGCUGGCAGAGGAGGAAGCCCCUCUCACCAUCCAAAUGUGCGAGCCUGGCCGCGGGUUAGCCUCGUGUGCACUGCACUGGUGCGACUUGGAGAGCACUCCGAGCAAUAACCUGACAUCUUGGCCAACGUCUCAAGCUGCAACCUGUAGAUGCUAUUCUCGGGCAGCAUCGUCGGCCUCGUGCACGAAUAUCAGCUUGUCGCUUGUUGUAAGUGGGUCCCGACCCGCAUUCUUGACGCAGGAGGUGCUUCAUGCCCAGGCUUUGAGCUUUGCUUCGGCAGAGUAUUCUGACGCCACGUGGAUGGAGGUGGCCUCUGCGACCAGCCGCCGGCUGCAGUCGGUGGUUUUGGAGGAUUGGCCGUCUGGGACGACACAAGUGGAUGCCUUGACGCAGCUUCCGCAAAUCAACUUGGGCUUCACAACCGCCAGGAGAUCAUCCAGCACAUGUGAAGACUCGAUCUACUGCUACUGCAGCCCGAAGUCCUGCACCACACCGUCAGGAUUCCGGAGGACCCAGAACGACCUUACCUUGCCAGCGCAGCCUUGA